GGCUUUGACCUUUAUUCCCGAUUUCAUACGCUUUAAGAAAUAAUACCGAUGAAAGAUGGGGUACGAUUUGAUUGUGGAUGGUUUGCAGACCAAAGUGACUUUGCAUGAAGAUAAAUUAACGUUUGAAUCAAGCGGCAAAACAGAGAUCAGUUACCAGUUAAAUGACGUCAUCGGUUGUGAUGAGGCGGUGAAGGGAUGGUUUAACAAGACUGAGUUUACUCGCGUAUGGCUUAUCGAAAAUGGUGCUUCAAAUGUGCUGUUGAAAAAGUGCAAAAUAAUAUCAGGAGAUCAAAGGAAAGAUUUUCAACAAGAUUUGACUAAAAGGAUAACAAAUGGAACAAAACGUCCCAAGAGAGUUUUGAUUAUGAUAAACCCUAUUGGCGGUAAUGGCACAGCCAGAAAGGAUUUCCGGAAUAUUGUGGAACCAGUUUUUAAACUUGCAGGAAUAUCCAUGGAUAUAAUAUUUUCUGAGCGUGCGGGACAUAUGAUAGACGUGGCAAAAACCUACGACAUUUCUAAAAUUGAUGGAAUUGUACUACUUGGUGGAGACGGGUCGUAUCAUGAGGUGAUCAACGUAUUGUUGAGAAGGAGACAAGAGGAACAAGGCGUGGAUAUUUAUGAUCAAAAUGCAACGCUCUCCCCCUUGAACAUUCCUAUAGCCAUGAUACCAACUGGAACUGGUUGCGGGGUGACGGAAAAUAACACAGGCUGUAAAGAUGUUCUUACGGCUGCUCUCCAUGUCGUUAAAGGGAGAACUGUGUCAUCGCACCUGCUGGCUCUGUACAACAAUGGUAAACUCCUUGGAUUCGGAGGAACAGCAUGUACAUACGGAAUCUUGACAGAUCUUUUAUACUACUCUGACAGGAAGUUUCGCUGGCUCGGGCGAUCGCGUUAUUUUAUUGUUCCCAUGUGGAUGUUCCUUUUCAAAUCUCAAACAAAUCGCGCUUUCACAGCCAAAGUCACCUAUUUUACAUCAGUUACCGAAAGACGCAAUAGUGAGAGCAAUGAGACGGAGAUCUUUGUUGAAGACAAAAAGCUGUCAGGAUAUAGUUCUUAUACUUCUGAUACAGUGAUCUUCGACCGGAAUUUGUGGAAUAUGAUGACCCUAAAUGGCAACGUCAUCUUUGAUGGUCAAGUCGUGUUUGACGUCCCUAAAAUGUUUGUUCCUAAACCCACCAAGUUUUCUACCUUUCAUUUUUAUGGUGGAUUUUCUGCUGGGGUUAUGUUCAGGUUUUUCAAACACGUUGCUAGGAGGUCGCCAAUGGAAGUCUCGAAUAAUGAUUUGGAGGCACUAAAUGUCCGAGGGUUCACGGUUGAAAUGAAAGACAGUUUUGAGAACGAAGAUCCAGAAUUGACGUUGUUGAGGCGGCUGAUACAGUUGGACGGAGAGAUGUAUGAGCUGGAAUCUCCAUCGUUUCAACUAUGGUACAAACUGGACGUUGUACAGAUCUUUUCCAGUUAUCUGUGAAUUACACCACUUUUAGCUUACCUGAGCUGAAAGCUCAGUGAGCUUUUCUAAUCAUCCAUUGUCUGUCCGUUUGUAAACUUUUCACAUUUUCGACUUCUUCUCAAGAACCACUGUGUCAAUUUUAACCAAAGUUGGCAUAAAACAUCUAUGGGUAAAGGGGAUUCUAAAUCGUUCAAAUAUAAAGGGUCAAGCCCGCUUCCAAAGGGAGAUAAUCAAGAAAAGGCAAAAAAGGGUGGUGUCAUUAAAAAUCUUCUUGAAGUUCUUCUCAAGAACCACUGGGCCUGAAAAGCUGAAACUUAAUAUCUGGAACCUUUCUUAGGAAAUUAGAUUCUAAAUUUUUCGAAUCAAGACCUCCGGGGUUAGGGUGGGGCUACAAAAAGGGGAUGCAAGUUUUACAUUAAAGUAUAUAAGAAAAAUCUUUGAAAAUCUUUCCAAGAACCACUGGGCAAGAAAAGGUGACACUUAUGUAGAAUCUAAAUUGUUCAAAUCAUGGGUAGGACCACAAUAAGGGAUGACAGUUUUACUUUGAAAUAUAUUUUUAGAAAGCUUCUUCUCAAGAACCACUGGACUAGAUAACGUGAAACUUAUGUGUAAACUUCGUUAGGAAGUUUAAAUUGUAAAUUGUUCAGAUCAUGCAUAUGACCCCCCAGGGGUAAGGUAGGGCCACAUUUUUACAUUGAAAUAUAAGAACAAUCCGUAAAAAUCUUCCUCUCUAGAACCACUGAACUAGAUAAAGUGAAACUUAUGUGGAAGCUUCCUGAUUGUAUAUUCUAAAUUGUUGAAAUCAUAGACCCUUGGGGUAGAAUGGGGUCACAAUAAAGGAUCCAAGUUUUGCAUUGAAAUAUGAUUGAGAAAAAGCUUUGAAAAUCUAAAUUCUUCCCAAGAACCACUGGAUUGGAAAAGCUGAAACUUAUAUGAUGGCUUUCUGAGUAAGUGUGGAUUCUAAAUUUUUUAAAUCAUGAUUUUCAUGGAUAUAGGGUGGGGCCACAAUAAAGGAUCAAAGUUUUACAUUGGAAUAUAUAAGAAAAAUAUGAAGAAGAAGAGCAAGGUUCCGAUUAUGUAUAUGGAAGCAUUGUUGGUUGGUGUAGAUUCAAAUAUUUGAAAUCAUGACCCCAAUGGUACGGUGGGGCCACAAUAUGUGAUCAAAGUUUUGCAUAGGAAUAAACAGGAGGGCCAUAGUGACUCAGGUGAGCGUUGUGACCCAUGGGCCUCUUGUUUUAUAAUUGGUGUAUGCCUUCAUCGUACUUUCAAAAUUGUGAACAUACCAAGGACUUUCUGUAUACAUUGUUUAUUUGUCCAUAUUCUUUUUGAAGAACUAGUUGUGACACGCCAAAUCAGCAGAAAUGAGCUUUACAUUUACAUUUGAUAAACUAAGGUUAUCAUUUGUAAACUAGUUUAUGCAGCGUAAGCUUCAUGUCUAUAAUAAACAUCUCCAAACCAUAGUUUACACCCCGAUCUGUGUCUCACACGUGUGAAGUAUACUUAUAUGUAUCUGUGAAAACACUGUUAUUUCAUACAGUUUCAUAACUUUAAACUUCAGUUUACAGCUUUGUAAAGCGCUACCCCCCCCCCCCCC